AUGUCGUCGUAUUGCGAGUCUAGUUGCGACUGGGAUAGGAGCUGCCAUGUGGAUGGCUGCUCGAAGAAACAUGCCUACAUACGCCGCGAAGGUGACAUCAGGCUCUACUCUGAGUUCUGCGCAGACCACACUUGCAAGUACUGCGUCUUUGGCGAAUCCAUGUGCAGGAAGCCAAAAGACACACACCAUCGGUUUUGCUCCAUCCACCGAAAAUGCGGGGUGGAAGACUGCGUGAACAGAGGGGAUUGUCCGCCCACUGUCCCCUUGCCUUGGAUGUGCCCAAGCCACAUAUGUAGGGUUGAUGAUUGUUGGAAGCAGAGGCAUGAUCACUACGGCUAUUGCAAAAGCCAUCGGUGCUUGACGGUCAAUUGUUUUGAGAGGCGAGUCGCAGACUCAGACUAUUGCGUCGACCACACUGGAAGGAUAUGCCGUGAGGAAAACUGCCGGGAAUACGUCCAUCACGACUUUCGCUGCAUCUUACAUCAGAAAUGCCCGGUCAAGGAUUGCAAGCACUACCGAUUUAGACAUAAGGACGGACUGUGGGACCACUGCGAGAAGCAUUAUCACGAAAUUCGCUGUGUCGUCAAAAACUGCAGCAUUUUAUGUCUCCCCAACUCUCGGUACUGCCAUCUCCACAAGUGCACCUUUGAGGGAUGCCUCAACUUCCGGGACAACGAGAAGGAUAUCGACAAGAUAUUCUGUCGCGAUCACGGUUGCGAAGUUUCUCGAUGCUAUGCUGUGGCCAUUGUGGUCACGAAGGGCGGAGGCGGCUUCGGGCCAUACUGCCGUCGGCACACCUGCACCGUGGCUGACUGUCGCGAAGUAUGCGAGAGCGGGAGGUACUGUGGGCGUCACUCUUGUCAAUGGAGCAGUUGCGAAAAGAUUCAUCUAGAUGGAGGAAGUUUCUGCGCAGAGCAUGAGUGCAAGACUGCUGGAUGUCGCAAAAAGCCCAAGCUUCGUCUGGGCUACUGCGAGGAGCACUGCUGCAAGACAGACGGGUGCCUCAACUUUUGCGACAUCGGAUCCGACAAACUGUGCUUUGAACACUCCAGAGGAGAACUGCACAAGAAGAUCAAACACCUUGAGGACAGAUUGAGGGGACGAGGUCACGACGCACAGCAUCACGAAGAUCUGAAAAGUCGUCACGAAAAGUUGGUUAGAGAUUACGACAUAUGCGUGCUGCGAUUGAACGAAAGCCAAGAAGAGGUUCGCAUCUUGAGGAGCACUUGGAUUUCGGAAGAGGACAACCGCAUCUGGAGGAAAGAUCUGGAGGACCGAAACGCACGGUUGCUGGUUGACCUGAAGCGGGAGCAGCAUAGGGUCGAGCACUGGGAGCGCAAAGCAGGCGAACUACUGCGGCGAAUUGACGAGUUGGAGUGCCUGCUGACGGAUGAGAGGCACAGAGGCCCCCCAUCGGACAUGUACGAGCGUCAAAUCGCGGACCUCCUGCGCAAGGUCGAAAUUCUCGAAGAGGACCUCCGAAAGGAACGCGAGAACCACUCGGUACACGAGGGACGAAGACGCGAAGUUGAAAGACUUUUGCGCAUAAUUGCCGACCUUGAGAGAAAGCUUGUGGAAGAGCACAAGAGAGCAACAAGAACCGAUGAACUUAUUAAAAAGGUGGAGAUGCUCCAAGGCAUGCUCGCCAGCGAAAGGGAUCAGAAAGAGAUGCUUCUCGAGGAAAUCGCCAAGCGCGAUGAGUACGAUCGUUGCCGUCGGGAACAAGAUGAUCGUCGUAGGUGGAGAAGAGGCAGUUGGGAGAGACGGUCGCGCUAUUGA